AUGGCAGAGCUCGUUGAUAUAAACAGAACAUGUCAACUUUUGGGCUCUUCUAAAUUAGUUGAUAGAGGAUCGGGGCUAAAGGAAGUCCAGCUUCUGCUUCAGCCGGGCUCUAAAAGCCGAGCUUAUUUACCCAAAAACACAACAGCGAUUCUUCAAGGCCUUAGUUCUCUUCUCAUUUCCGAAUGUUUAUUAAAGGCAGGACUUCCUUCUAAACGAAUCUUAGAUGCUUCAGCAUGCCUUAAGGAAAUAGUCAAAAAUACAGCACCUUCUCAAACUCCUGACAAAUUCAUAUCAAUCAUAGAAACCAUCACAAAAACAUUCCCAAAGACGGUGAUUGACGAUGACAGUUUUAAACAACUGGCCGGAAACUAUGGCAAAGUUUUAUUUGAGAUUUUUCGCCACAAAAAACACUUGGAGUCCUAUUCCCAAAAACAUAAUCACAGUGGACCCAGACUUUUGGAUUUUAUUUCGGAAACCAUCGAAUCGGCCCUAGUUGUUCCCGAAGACGAUGAUGACGAAUAUGUACACCGCCGGCACUCACAAUCAACAGGUGUUUUCAAAACAUUUCCUCAUUAUCUAACCGACUUUCUCGAGUGUAUGAUUUACAUUCUUGAACUACCAAUUGUUUUCAAGGAAAAGUACCUCCAAAAUGCAUGGGUGUCAAUCAACCGUUAUUUUUAUUACUCCAAAGAGCGUUUUAAUCAAAUGUUGGCUCUCAAAGCUUCAAUCAUGCUGUUCUACCAUACCCUAAGUAUACAGAGCGAAUUAUGCUCUGUUAUCGCUGUUAGAGUUUAUAAAUAUCUUCCAACUAUGUGGGAAACAAAAACACAUGCUCUUAAGGAAUUGAUUCUGGUAUUUCUUCGAGUCUCUUUACCCUUGAUGCUUGAAACUGCACUUUCAUUUGAUUCUGCUAGUGAACGUGACCAAUCCUUGUUUUAUCAAUCUGUAACCUCCCUUCACCAAUUUAUGAAAGAAGAGCAUCCUUUAAACAUUUGCGAAAUUGAAAUAGUCAGUGACGAUAUCAAUAAAAACAGUGAAACUUCUGAGUGGUUUAAAACUGAUACAUUUCGUCUCAAGUCAACGGCAAACGUUCUUUCGUGGAUUUCAAGUGCUGCAUACUAUUCAGUCUGUUACUUUUAUGCAAUCAUCAACAAAUCAAAAUUUUGUUUUAAUCGCAAACGCCCUCGUUUAGCUGCUUCACCAUUCACUCCCUCCAGCACAUUUAGUUCUUUUUCUUCUAAUCAAAUUGAACAAUAUGAAGAAAAUGACGAUGACUCUGACAAAACCCUUGAUCGACACAUUAUCAAAAUAUUAUCUUCCCCCUUGUCAAGCAUUGAUCAAUGCACUCAUCAUGUCCAGUUUUUUUUGUUCUAUUGCAACGAUACUGAUAUUAAAGAAACCUCCUGUGAUUUAAUUUUUCAAAGUUUGUGCGAAUGGGUUUAUGAAGACAAUCUCGAACUUUCUUCAUGGUCUCUUCUUGGAAUCAAUCUUCUUUUGCAGCGGUUCCCCAACCAUGACUUUUCCUCUUCUUUAUUAGAUAACCUAUGGGGAAUUGUUUUUCAACGCCUCCACACUCAAGAGUUUGGUCCUGUUGGCUGCCAAUUUAUCAAAAAUGUUUUAUCUGGGAAAAGAUACUCUCCGACACAACAUAAGCUUCAUGUCGAAAAAGUUAUUUCAACCUUUAAUACCACCGGCCCUAAGCUUAGCUCACCCACCAUUAAUCUCGUUUAUGAUGUUUUAAUUAAAAUGCCUACCUUUUCCCAAGUGCAAAGUGAUGCUAGAGAGAGUUUAAUUUUCUGGGCCAUUAGCCAAGUUAUAAACACCUCUCCAGGCCAUAUAGAGCGUUUUUACCACGUCAGCCCGUUGUCUGCUGCGUCGGUAUUUUUAGCUCUUUGUGGUAUUAAAUUGGAAACUCCAACUGAAUUGGACAAAGAUCCUUGCUAUUACGGAAACAUUCCAGCCUUUCAAAUACUCUUUCGCAACCAUCUUGCUUCAGAAAAAUAUAUUUACGAGUCAUGGAAAAAAGAAAACCAGGACAAAAUAGUCAGCUCGAAGCCAAUACCCUUUGCACAUUUCAAUGAAUUUGAGCUGCCUUUAGAAGAAGUUACCAAAAUCCUAAAGCACACCAAAGCUACAGCUGCAGUCUUGCAAAGCAAAUUAAAAACUCCUGAAAUUUGGAAACGCUUUUUAGCUACCCCGUUGUCUUUAAAGCAUAUUAUUGAAUGUUAUGCCUCCUUUUUUUUAAUUGUUUCCAGAAUUUCUGACCGUUACAAAGAUGCUAGCGGUAUUUGUGAUGAGUGUGUUUCACUCGUUAUCACCUUAGUUUCCGAGCUUCAAAUGCUGUUAGAAGGAGAAAAUUUACAACAAGAACAUUUUUCCAAUAUUCUACUUGGUGUUGAUAAUUUUUUUCAAAUUUUUCCGUACUUGAGCCAGGAAAGAUCUCAUUUAAACGCCUACUCAUCAAUGUUAACCAAAAUAUUAAAAAUUUUUGUCAAGGCUAUUGAAAAAAAGCAGUCUACCAAUCAUGUUGACGAAAAUGAUAUAGAUAAACGUGCAGAGAACAACAAUAAGUUUACAGACUUUGAGCUUUUGGGAUUUAAAAACUUUCCCACUCUUUCCCAAAUUCAUCAUUGGCACAGUAAUGAAACCAAUUUGGAAAUCCAUGUUUUUCGUAUUUUUACAAUUUUAAAGAUCAAGGUCAAAUGCAUUCGUCCUCCCGGAGAGCCACCUGGGGCUGUUUUAGACGAAAUAAAUGCUUCAAUGAUUGCUAGCCAUGAUCCCUUAUUUAUUUUCCACAAUCUUGGCAUUUUAAAUUGUCCGAUACACAACUUGUCUUCUGAAAAUGAUCAUGAUUUAAAACAAUUCCUUACAAUUUUAGAUUUUGCCUAUGCUAGAUUGAUUUGCAAAGGAUCUCUUUUCAACGCUGAGUCUACAUUGAUUUUGUUUUUUCAAGUUUUGGAGAGAUACAUUUCACUUUGGAUUGUUUUAGAACUUAAAAAGUCUCCAGUUUAUGAUAUCAUAGAUGCUCUUUUUAGGCUGGCUAAAAACGUUAAUGGUGUUCAAGUCCAGUUUGCCAUGUUAUCAUUUUUAGCUAGUGUCAUUCGCCAUGACCAUUUAUUCUUGCUUCCAAAAGAUGGCGUCAAUGUGAUUUCAAAGUUUGCUGAAGUUUUUCACUCAACCCGCAUUGCCCAGUUUUAUGGAACCUCUUUUUUGGGAGAUAUUUUCACUGCUAUUCCCUUUUACAAUCAUUAUGAGAUUUAUCAGCAAGCAAUCCGGCCCAACUUUCCCAAAGGUAGACAUGACAAUCUCGUUUUUUGCAUAUACACAAUUUUGCAGUCCUCUUUACAUUCUAGCAACAUUCUCUCUCUUUCGCUUUACGACAUUUUAAGCUUUGGAGUCUUUCAGACAGACAAUAUAGCGAACAGUGCUUUCCCAAGUGUCGCCAUACAAAAGAUUGCUGCCAAAUAUAACUUCCCUAAACCUCAAAAUCUUUUUGUCAAGUUUUCAAACGCUAUAUUGUUUCAUUGGUGCUUUGAAUAUGAAAAGGAGAAAAUGACUAAUGGAAAAUAUUUGACGAAUGAAGCUAUUGAUGAGUCGCCUCGAAUCUUUAAAUUUCCGUUUUAUAUGCUAGGAAUCAAAACAUUGUUAGAUUUUCUAUUUAUUUGUAUUGAUGAUUCUAUUAUUUGGACUUUAAAGCUUUACGACGAUUGUAAGGACAGAAUUGAGAGUACUGUAAUAGCUGCUGGACUUGACAUUAACAAAAUCUUGGUGCAAAAGUUUUCUUCCUUAUUCGUUGGAAGUUUGCUGUCUUCUGAAGAGAUUCCUCCCAAAAACUCUCCUUUUGAAGUUUUUAAUUUAUGGCUACCAGAAUACGAGGUUUCAAACUUAGUAUCUAGUCAAGCGUUGGACAUUUUUUUAAAAACCAUUCAAAAUAUUGAUGUUUAUGGCUAUGAUGAGAGUCAAGGUAUAGCUCCCAACUACUUUUUUCAAACGAUGUUACCGGUUUAUGGUAGUGUUGUUCCCACUCCGAUUGCUCCCUUAGAUGCAUUUUAUUUGUGUCCUGAACAAUUUAAUUUUAUAAUUCAAAAUAUUACUGGAGACUCUGAUAUUAAAUGCCUUAUUGGCGAAGCCAGAAUAUAUUCGCUUUUAUCCCGCACUCUCAUUGACAGAAUUCACAAUAGUAUCAAUCCUGUGGAACGCUUGCUUAACUUUCGACGCCUUGUGUUUUUCAUAUGUUAUUCCGAUGUGUCUUUUAGUAGCUACUUACUAAAAAUGACCCUUGGUAGCAUCAUUUUGUUUUCAAACUAUUUUUGGGACUUGCCUGAGAUGGAAAAAGAAAUUGAUGUCACUAUCAGAUAUUUUCUCAAAUGCUUUAAUGGCGUGCUUACUAUUGAUGAGUCUUGUCUUUACAUUCCGUUGCUGUUCAAGAUUGUGGAAAACAUUUUUAUUUUGAAAACCAAAAACAAGCUUUCCUAUUCAGAAAUAUUUGACCGAGUUAGUUGGUUGCAACAGGAGCUUAUUAGACUUAACAAGCACGCUGUGCUCUUAGAUAUCAUUCUUGACUGGCUUUUAAACAAAGAAGUUAAAGACACAAUGCAUUUUGAGUACCAAUUUUUACUUGAUCCAGAAAACACAGCUUCGGCAAAAAAAGCGUUUCUUCAAAUAAUUUCUUGUCAAGCCGAAAUGCAGCCCAGUGUUACUUAUCUUCUUUUGAAGGAUGUUGACAUAAAGCCUGUUGUUAACUUACUACUCGAUUUCAUUGCUUCUGGAAAAGCAUCCGAUCAGUUUAUUUAUUGGGUUGCUCGUCUUAUUGGUGAUCGUUGCAAAAAAGAUGGUGUCAAAUCCAUGAACACUUUCUUUACUGAAGAUCCCACUGAUUUUGCAGCAGUCACCUUGGACGACUCUUUUAAGUUUAUUUUUGACAUGGUUCAGGAUAGAAUCCAUUUUGACAAUCUUGACAUUAUCAGCAAAGCUGAGUAUUGUUUACGUCAUUUGAUUUAUUAUCAGGAUGUGGAAAAAAUUAUUUCCAAUUACUCCGCCCUUUUGGACGGAUCGCUGGAUCAAAAGUACUUUGUAAUUUUUUCUUAUUUGCCUCGUGCAAAUUCUAUUCCUCUUCCAAACUAUUCUUUAGAAAAACUCAAGUUUUUUUUGGAAACCCCCAGUCAAUGGCUGAUUUCUUUGCAAGUGAUUCUGAUUGAAAAGAUGACUAAAGUCAUCCAUGGUUUUGUUUCAUUGGCGCCUCUUAUUACUUCUGAUCAAAAGUUCUGUGAAUCCAUUUUCCCUUAUCUGGUUAGCAUUUACCUUUCUACAAUUCCUGAUAGGGAGCUUUCUGAUGAUCUUAAUCAAGCAUUUUCGGAAGCCUUGACUGACCCAUCUACUCAUGUCAAAAUCAUUGACUGCAUUACUAACGCAUAUUUAUUUUUGCGUAAAAUGCAAAACUAUGGACAAAAUGGAGGGACCCUUCACCUGUCUAUUGACUUUACAUUAAUGUUGCAGGCCCUAAUUAGAGCUGGUCUUUAUGAAAAGGCUUAUAUGAUUCUGGAACUUCAAUGGUCCGCAGACAAGUUUGAAGAUACUUAUAACUACAACUAUUUAAUUGCCAAUCAAAUCUACGAGUCCAUCAACUUCCUCGACAUGUUUUAUGCUCGUCAAAAUUCAUACAACUUUUGGGAUACUUUGAAGCGAUUUUCUCAUGAAAAAGAUUAUGGCAAGUUGCUGCAGUUUCAAUCAGCAGCAAUGUCUGCUGGAUACGAUCAAAGCAGCUCCCCUCUUAUUCCGGAAACUCUUCAAAAGUACGGAUUGGAAGGUGUUUCAAAGUUGCUUUCUAACAACACUGUUUUUGAAAAUGACGCUGAAGUCUAUUCAUAUGCAUGGAAGCUAGAUCAAUGGGAUCUUCCAGAAGUUUCCACACCUAAAUCCAGAGGUGAAAUAAUGUACAACAUUAUGAAGAAGCUUCACGACGAUUAUCAAAAUUGUUUUCAGACCCUUGAUGAUGCGCGAAAGUCUACAAUUUCUCUCAUUUAUGACCGAAAUCAAACUAAGGAAGUGCUUCAAACACUUCAAAUAAUUGAAGAGUGCAACGAAAUUUACUGCGCUCGUAUACCCACCUCUAUUGAACAAGCUUCGAAAAAUUUAUUGACAUUGAAUUUGGGUUUGGACUCUACCCAUGAUUCAAGCUUUGAAGAGGUGGAAGACCUUUUACUUGCUAGAAACUUGUCUUGGAAGUUUAAGGAUAUAUUUACACAAAACUGCUACCGAAACUUGGGUGGUUUUAUGGCUGAUGGUCUUUACAACUCGGAUAACGGGUUUGAACCCUGUGCUCUUGCUUUUUCUAUAUCGCAAUAUUGUGAAGUGGCUCUUGAAAAGAAAGCCUUGCAAAAAGCCAUCAACGGUUCAUCUGAGCUAGAUUAUCUUUAUGAUAGAUUUAAGCACCUAAAGAACUCUGAUAAUGCUCAAAAGAUUAUGUUGAUUUCACAAAUGGAAAAGGCGAAAGUAAUGUGGCAAGUGGGUGAGAAAAGCUAUGCUAUUAAUCUUUUGCGUGGUCUCGAAGCGUUUACUCUGCUACCGUUUCUUGAGCAAGAAUGGAAACUCAUGAUCCGAUCUAAGUUGAUUGAAUGGUUUAAUGACUCUGGUUUUGACUUAUCUUCUAAAGUCACUGAUCUUUAUCUAAGACCUGCAAUUGGUGAUAUCCAGAAAUUAGCAUUAGACAGCCGAAUCAAGGCUGGAAUUUUGCAUACGCUUGCUGAGUUUUGCAACAAACAAUAUCAAGACAAGGAGAAAUGGGAUCGUCUUGACUUACUUGAAAAGCAAAUUGAUGUCAAAGACAACCAAGUCCGGUCUCUUAAGCGACAAAAACUGGAGACCAACGAAUCCAUUACCUUGAAUCGCUACCAAAAAAUAAUAGUGAACGAUAAACAAGAAUCCGAAGAAAUUAAGAACUACAUUCAGUACUAUCUUGAGUCUAGUGGGAGUCUUUAUUUACUUGCUGCGAUUACAGAUGGUCGAAACGGUGAAGACGUUGCAAAGUUCAUGUCUAUUUGGUUUGGAGACAUUGAAAAUGAAGGUUUGAACAAAGUGCUCACUCAACAAGCCAACUUCUUAGCACCCAUCCUUUUUGUUCCAUGGGUUAACCAACUGACUUCCCGGCUAGAUUCAAAUACUUCGGAGCCGUAUCAAAUGAAUGUGCGCAUGAUUGUUCAAUCUUUGUGUGAAUAUCAUCCUUAUCAUAUUGUUUAUCCACUCAGAUCUUUAUCUGUUGAUUUUGGCAAAACCAGAUUGUCACCUGGAAUGAGCCCAGAGGAAGUAUCUCGAGUUGCAGCAGGCCAAGAGCUUUGGAAUUUGAUGAUUUCCAAUGCUAGGGUUGGUUCACUGUUUGCAAACGUUGAUAAAUUUAUUUUAAAUGCCAUUCAUGUGGCUACAGUCAAGCCAGGUAAAUUGAACCAGUGUUCUCUCAACUCUUUAAGCAAAUCUAAGUUUUGGUGGAAACGUGAGCUAGGAAAAUUGAAUAUUCCAUCGCCUACAUUGCACAUUACUCCACGUGUGGAUUGCAAUUAUAGUCGGGAGCCUGCAUUGCCUUUAAUGACGAGCGCGGAUGAUGCUGUUGUGCUUGCUUCUGGUUUAAGUCGACCCAAGAUUAUCAAACUUUAUUUGAGUAAUGGGCAAAUUUCUAAGAUUUUGCUCAAAGGUGGUAAUGACGACAUGCGACAAGAUUCCAUCAUGGAACAGGUUUUUGAGCAAAUCAACACUUUGUUUAAGAAAUAUGAAGAGACUCGCAAGAGAAACUUGUCAAUCAGAACAUAUAAGGUCAUUCCUCUAGGGAAAAGUGCUGGUAUCAUUGAGUUUGUGGAGAAUACAGUGGCAUCAACUGACUUUUUGAGCAAUGCUCAUCGACGUUACUGGCCGAAGGACAUUUCAGAACGCGAUGCUCGGAGUGCCAUUGCAGAGGCUGUUAGCGGAACUCGAGAAAACCGAAUCCGUGUUUAUCGAGAAGUCGUUGCUCGCAUUCAUCCAGUAAUGCAUAUGUUUUUCCUAGAGAGAUUUUUCUCCUGCGACAAGUGGUUUUCAAGUAAAACCAAUUAUAUUCGUUCUACUGCCUCGAACUCAAUUCUAGGACAUGUUCUUGGUAUUGGAGACCGCCAUAUGGGCAAUAUUUUGCUAGACACGUUGACGGGUGAUGUUGUGCAUAUUGAUUUGGGCAUUGCAUUUGAUGCGGGGAAACUGUUGGCCAUUCCAGAGAUUGUUCCUUUCCGAUUGACUCCUGAUUGGAUUGAUGGUAUGGGAGUGUGUGGAAUCAACGGUCCAUUUAUUCGUUCUUGCAAUUUUACUUUAAGUGUUCUGCGAGAUGAAAUUUCGAGUUUUGAUACCAUUUUGAAUGUGCUUCGUCAUGAUCCUCUACAUAGCUGGACCUUCCGACCAGGCAAGUUUAAGGGUGGGAAAAACCAGGCCCAUGAGAUUGAGUUCAAUGAGUUUUUGGGUAACGGUGCCUCGAUUGAAGGAGGAGAGUUUGAUCGUGUUUUAGGGGCAGUUCGCAAGAAACUGUCAAAAGAGUUAACUGUGGAGACUGAAGUUUGGAAUUUGAUUCAUCAAGCAAGCGAUCCCGACAAUUUGGCGCUGAUGUUUAGAGGAUGGGCUGCAUAUUAUUGA